AUGGAGGAGGCCCUGUCUUACUACGCAGGCCUUCCUUCUCAGCCCGCAUUGAUCUACCGCACGGGCAAGGAGCAGUGGGCCCCGCCCAAGGGACCCGAGGCCUACCGUCGUCUCAAAGAGCUUUGCGAAGUCUUCGCCCAUCCGAUCGUUGAGAUUCGUUCUACAACGAUCGAUGUCGUUCGUUUCAAGAAAGUCGUCGAGGACGAAGACGUCGGGGACGAGGACGACGAAGAAGGUGAGGCUACGAGUUCGGUCGUCGGUCCCGUCACUAUCUGGAUUGGCGUCUCCCCCGACACCAUCUCCGCUACGGCUGCCCACGGCGCGGCUCAGGACGUCCUCGCUCUUCUCAAGGACUACAAGAUCACCGACGUCGACAUCGACUUCCGCGAGUCCACCUACGUGCGCGAGGUCGGUCCUCGGCUUCACAGGCCCGUCGGUGACCUAGACCCGCUCGUCGACGUUGUUGGUCCCCUCACUCCUGCACUCAGCCUCAGCAUCUCUACCAAGGCCAGGCUCGCCAAGGACACCAACGUCGACUACGUUUACCACCCCAGUGCACCUAAAAGAGACGUCUUCCUGCCCGGCAAGAAGCGCUGGGGGAGUCAGAUUGCUGGGUUCGGGCGUAGGGAGCAGGGCACCGACGCCGCCGACAUUGCGAAGGCUAGGGCAGAUCGUGUCGUGACUCAGGGGCUGGUGAGCAACGCGGAGGCGGCGAUAGAUGCACUCGGAGAGUUGUUCAACCAGGUCCAUCAGGACUGGAAACAGCCCAACAAUCGCGUCCUCGGCCAUAUCCUCCGCUCCCCGGCCAUCGCUCUCGGCGUCGGGCCUCAUCGCUUCACGGAAGAUUAUGGGUUAACCGCGACAAACUCGGCGAGCUUCCAGGGCAACAAGAUAGACCUCGGAACAAAACUGGAUGCCGACGAGUUUACGCUCAAGUGUUAUCCCCGCGCUGACGCCGACUGGAAGCUCAGAUUCCCCGACGAUCGUCUCCUUCCCCUCACGGGCGCCAUCGGCGACGACUUGAUGCGCCACCCCGAUAUGUGGAACUUGGACGGCGAGCCCUGCUUGUUGGUGGUCAAGAACGGCAACGCCGCUGGCGCCACCAUCGGCCGCGCGAACGGCGUCUUCAGCAUCGUCCGCGACUACUUCAACGACCCUAAGUCCGGGGUAUUCUCGAAGCCUGGCGAUUCGGGCGCGAUCAUUGCCGACAUCUGUGGUCGUAUCGGUGGCAUGCUCACUGGCGACUCUGGCAAGGAGGAGUGUUCCGACAUGUCGUACGCUACGCCGUUCUGGUGGCUCCUCGAGCGGUUCCCCAGCGCGCACCUCAACGUCGUCGCCUAG